ACGCCCCCACCCCACAUCUUCCCCACCUCAGGGCAGAGCGGGGCCGGCAACAACUGGGCCAAAGGCCAUUACACGGAGGGAGCCGAGCUGGUGGACUCGGUGCUGGACGUGGUACGGAAGGAGGCGGAGAGCUGCGACUGCCUGCAGGGCUUCCAGCUGACCCACUCACUGGGUGGGGGUACGGGAUCCGGAAUGGGGACCCUCCUCAUUUCCAAAAUCCGCGAGGAAUAUCCGGAUCGAAUCAUGAACACCUUCAGCGUGGUGCCGUCCCCCAAGGUGUCGGACACGGUGGUGGAACCCUACAACGCCACGCUGUCCGUUCACCAGCUGGUGGAGAACACGGACGAGACGUAUUGCAUCGAUAACGAAGCCCUGUACGACAUCUGCUUCCGCACCCUCAAGCUGACCACCCCCACUUACGGAGACCUCAACCACCUCGUCUCGGCCACCAUGAGCGGCGUCACCACCUGCCUGCGUUUCCCCGGGCAGCUCAACGCCGAUCUGCGCAAGCUGGCCGUCAACAUGGUGCCCUUCCCACGUCUGCACUUCUUCAUGCCGGGCUUCGCCCCGCUGACGUCGCGCGGCAGCCAGCAGUACCGGGCCCUGACCGUCCCCGAGCUCACCCAGCAGGUCUUCGAUGCCAAAAACAUGAUGGCCGCCUGCGACCCGCGUCACGGCCGCUACCUCACCGUGGCCGCCGUCUUCCGCGGCCGCAUGUCCAUGAAGGAGGUGGACGAGCAGAUGCUGAACGUUCAGAACAAGAACAGCUCCUAUUUCGUGGAGUGGAUCCCCAACAACGUGAAGACGGCGGUGUGCGACAUCCCGCCUCGCGGCCUCAAGAUGGCCGUCACCUUCAUCGGGAACAGCACGGCCAUCCAGGAGCUCUUCAAGCGCAUCUCGGAGCAGUUCACCGCCAUGUUCCGCCGCAAGGCCUUCCUGCACUGGUACACGGGGGAGGGGAUGGACGAGAUGGAGUUCACCGAGGCCGAGAGCAACAUGAACGACCUGGUGUCGGAGUACCAGCAGUACCAGGACGCCACGGCCGAGGAGGAGGAGGAUUUCGGCGAGGAGGCCGAAGAAGAGGCCUAAGAGAGGAGCCGGCCUUCGUCCUCGGCCGUCG